UCACGGACGGACUAAAACUCUGAACUGAGCCAGCUUUAACGGUCUCUGGAACGAUCUUUGUACCGAUCUGGAUUACCACUUGUUGGGACUUUAACGGGACAGCAGCCGCUGUGGAUAUUUCUGAUUAUCCUGGAUCUUGUGGAUUAUUUUACUGACUUCAACAUGACUUUGGAGGAAGUGGUCGGAUCCAACAGCACCGAAAAAAAGAUGGAGACGGUGAGUCAGGCUCUGGAGGAGUUACUGGUCGCAGCUCAGCGGCAGGACUGUCUCACUGUGGGGGUGUACGAGUCCGCCAAACUCAUGAAUGUAGACCCAGACAGCGUGGUCCUGUGCGUCCUCGCCACCGACGAGGAGGAUGAAGAUGAUAUCGCGCUGCAGAUCCACUUCACGUUGCUUCAGGCUUUCUGCUGCGACAACGACAUCAACAUCCUGCGGGUGUCCGGCAUGAGGCGGCUGGAGCAGCUGCUGGAGGAGGACACCGAGAACGGCAACAGCAACGAGCCCCGGGACCUGCACUGCAUCCUGGUCACUAACCCUCCGGUGCAGCCGCUGCAGUGCCAGGCCUUGCAGGACGUCAGCAGCUUCUGUGAGGAGAGCCGCUGCAGGAACCAGUGGGUUCCCUGCCUGGACCUGCAGGACCGCUGAGCCGAGCCGGACUGAGCCGAGCCGAGUCAGACCGCUGCGGAGCGGUGAGAGAGUGGAACCAGUCCAAACCGCCGUCCUCAUGCAGAAGAGGAGUAACGGCGUUUGAGUGAAGACAGGGACCGAACCGGAGGCCUUCCUACUUCCUGAUUGGCUGAUUGAGUUGGCCAGGGGCGCGGGAGACAGGCCUACUCGAACCGGAAUCGGAGGGGGUCUAGAAAGCAGACCAGACUGUGCAGGAGGAUCCGGGUUCUGGGGCUGCACAGAGGGGAGGUUUUUAAUGAAAUGUCACGUGCUGACUGACAGCACCGGCACGUCACGUGACUGAACUGAAGAUGUGAAUGAAUGAACUGAGGAGCUGGACCUGAAGCUCCUGGACUACAGCCGAGCUGCUGGUGUUGUAGGUGUCCUGCUCACCGGUCUGCUCACACACACACACUGAUGUGAAGAUACAGAGCAUGUUACAUCAUGUUUUAUUAUGUGUUGUUAUUAGUGACGCGAUGGAGUUACACACCGAAUAUUUAAACUGACCAGAGUUAAUAUAUGAGUGAAUCUGUUUUUCUAUUGAUGAAUAAAUUAUUGAAGG